AAUCUACCACUGGGACAUUGCGUUUGACCGAAGAUGGAUCUAGAUAUUACAAUGGUCUUUCAUCAAAAACCAGUUUUUUUGAAAUGUUACAAAAACAAUUGACUGAUUGCAUUCCAAUAAGCGAUACGAAUCGUUUGUCAUUUAUCUCUGGUCAAGAAAAAAAUAUCCCGAGGGAAGUGCGUUUGCUGUCUUUAAAGUGA